GGGAUCCCGGUGCUCAUCGUGGGCCACCACAUUCUCUAUGGGAAGGUGGUGCAGCUGGAGAAGCCCUUUGCCGUCCUGGUGAAGCGAGGAGCCGGCGAACCCGGCCCCGCCGAGCCGCACGCCCGCUACGCCGUCACCGCCCUCAUCAAAACCAAGCUCCUCUUCAAGACCCGCCCCAAGCCCAUCAUCACCAACGUCCCCAAGAAAGC